CGAGAGUUGCUCGGACGUCCGCCACCAAAAAUGGAGAAUUUUGCUUUGUCGAAUGCUAGGAUGAGUCUGGCUAGCCAAGCGGAAGGAGACAGGGAAAACGCAAGAGCACACCUUCAGGGAUUUCUAGAUUUACGCUACCAGGGAGAGAAUACUUUUGUGUUUAAAGAAAUGUAGUAGCAAAGUCUUUGGUCUUCCACCGCGGUUCAAAAACACUAUCUGAGUAUGCUUGCAUUAAAUCUUGAUAUUGUAGUUGUACUCUCACAUCCUAAAGAAGCUAAGGGAAUGGCUCUAGUACAUGAUUUGCAUUUCUUUAUAAGUGUACGUAGCUAGUUCAAUAGUUCAACACUCAGGAGAGCCUUUUUCUCGCCUUUAUCUCGCCCUCAAUUCGACGACCUACCCUAACAAGCCCUAAGCCCUGUCUAUCCCCCCUACAACCUUGCUUCUUCUCUGCCCUCUUUCUUCAUGAAAAAUCAAGAAGAAAGCGCUGAAUCGUGUGAAAGACAAGAUAAAGCCAUUACUCGAGAAUAUAGCAGAGGAAGCAAGGGACGCAUACUUCUGGAAAAAAAUUUCCGAGGUGCAUGCCAGAAACAGCGACUUUAAGUUAAGGCUCAAUACAAUUGAUUGAAGCACGAAAAGGAUCGGGUUGUGAAGUAGCUGCUUUUUUCUACCUCUGUUCUGUAGUUGCACCAGUAUGAUCAUGGACUGAGCACUUCUUAAUCUACACUCGACCUCCGCAAGAAGAUCUUCCUAAGUACAUAGACAGCACUCUUUAGAUUCUACAAAGUGUUAUUUCUAGGAGUUAAAGGGAAGAAAUUGAAAGGAAUUGAAUGAGUAUAUUGAUAUUGUUUCUUUGAAGACGUCACAGAAACACUGUCAGACCACGUCUCUACGGUCACUAUGAAAGGUGAUAACAGGGACAUUAGCAUGCAUCCUCGCUAAUUCAGGGAGC